AUGCCAUCUCCCCAAAUCACUGCCUUUUUGGUAGCUGUAGUUGACUUGGCCCUUGGUGGCUUCAUCUCCAAUGGCUUUAUAGUUGCAGUGAUAGUCACUGAAUGGGCUAAAAGCAGGACCCUCGCUACUAGUGAACAACUUCUGUCCCUGGGUAUGUCUAAUGUCUGUGUCACAGUUUUGUUGACUGCAUUUCUCAUUAAUUACUUCUUAGUGGAUGACUUUGGCAACCAUUUAAUGUUGCAAUUUCUUUACCUCUUUGCAACCUUUGUCAUAUUCUCCCGAUUUUGGCUCACUGCCUGGCUCUGUGUCUUCUACUGCAUCAAGAUAGUGAACAGCACCCAGUCCCUCUUCCUCUGGUGCAAGCUGAGGAUAUCGAAGUUGGUGCCCUGGCUUCUUGUGGGAUCUCAAGUCUUCUCGUUGGUACUUUCCUUCUUUGCAAUGCAGAAUAAGCAUAUUCAACGCCAGAGCAACACAGCAGUCAACAAUACAAAUGUGACCCAAGGAAAGACACAGCCAGAUCUUGCCAGUUCUUUUAAAGUCUUCUUUUUAAUCACUGGUUCUGGAUGCUCCCUUCUUGUGGUUUUAAUUAGCUCCGUUGUGGUUGUAGCCUCACUCUGUAGGCAUGUCUGCAAGAUGUCAGGUAAAGAACCUAAUCUUUGGAGCCUCCAAACAGAAGCUCAUAUCAAGGCAGCUGGGACAGUGCUCUCCCUACUCAUCCUUUACAUUUCUUUUUAUGUUGCACACACCUUGAUUGUAACUGCAGAUUUUGAAAAAAUCCAAAAGAAAUUUGCUUUGUUAGUGUGUUCAGCUGUGAUGAUGAUGUACUCCCCUGCCCAGGCUAUCAUCCUGGUGCUGGUUAACCCCAAGCUGAAGCAGACAGCUACUCGGAUGCUUCCAAGAACAAAGCCUUAA